AGAAGAAGAAGCAGGGCAAGCGAGACGGAAGCACCGUAAACGUACAUAAUUGAUCACGUUUACGAAGUUAUUGCGUAAAAUCGAACAAACGUUUCAUUGGGGACAAAAGGCGCCGUAGCAAAUUGUUGUUUGAGUUCAACAGGACGACUUUUACGGUCGUCCUCCUGGACUAAACCCCGGAAAGCAACAGUAGUAGUGUCUGUCUGGGAUUUGGACAGUUGUUCAGAAUGGAUCCUGCUCUACUGAGGGACAGGGAGCUGUUCAAGAAGAGAGCUUUGUCCACGCCGGUUGUAGAGAAGAGACCGGCUGCAUCAGACUCUGGGUCACACAAGAAGAAGAAGCCCAAAACAGAAAAGGAGGGCUCAUCAGGGUCUAAACAGAUUGCUGAGUCUAGUAAUGGCGGUUUCAACAUUAAGACCAGCUCCGGUUACAAGUUUGGUUGUCUUGCAAAGAUAGUCAAUUACAUGAAGACACGACAUCAGAAUGGCGACACACACUUCCUGACUUUAGAGGAAAUUCUGGAUGAGACCAAACUUCUUGACAUCAGCCUAAAACAAAAGCAGUGGCUUAUGACUGAGGCAUUGGUCAGUAAUCCAAAAAUUCAGGUCCGGGAUGGCACAUAUGGCUUCAAGCCCAAGUACAAUCUAAAGGACAAAAAAGCUUUAUUGAGGCUGCUGGACAAACAUGAUCAGUUGGGCUUGGGAGGAGUACUGCUAGAUGAAGUGGAGGAGGGGCUGCCAAACUCUGCUAAGGCCAUCAAGGCUUUAGGAGAUCAGAUCACAUUUGUGACAAGACCAGAUAAGAAGAAGAUUUUGUUCUACAAUGAUAAACACUGUCAAUUUCUGAUGGAUGAAGAAUUUCAGAAACUAUGGAGGAGUGUUCCAGUGGAUUCCAUAGAUGAAGAGAAGAUUGAAGAGUAUUUGAAAAAGCAAGGCAUCACCUCAAUGCAGGAAUCGGGGCCAAAGAAAGUGUUACCAGUUCAAAAGAGGAAGAAGCAAGCUGGUCAGCGAAAGAGACACUUCAAGACCCACAACAACCAUUUGGCAGGGGUACUGGAGGACUAUGCAGAUGGUGUGCCGGUUAAAAAGUGAAAUUAAACACUUGGAAGACGGACGGCUUUAAUACUGUAUUAUCUGAUUUUGCUCCUUGUGAAUAGUGACUACUUUGUGGUAUCCAUUUUAGAAAUUGAGCCAAAUGGACGUUUGAGGACAGGAUAUCGAUUACCUAAGAUCCUUUCAGAGAAAACCAUCAUUGAAGGGGCUAACGCCACUUUACAAACAGAACCAGGCUGAAAUGUGUGUAAAUAGUUUUUUUUCUUAAUGACACUUAAACACAAAAGUGUGUACAGUAUACGGAAGAAGAUAUUUUCGGAAAGGCUUCUUAAAGUUCAAUUUGUCUUCUGAUAAGUCACCCACUCUUUUCAUUAGAAGUGCAGGGGAAAGAUUGUGUUGCACGUCACAGAGAUGUCAUCAGUUGAUAUUUCAGGUGUUUUACUUUGCAGGGCCGUUACAUCCUGCUUUUAAUAAAAAUAUUGUCAAACAAA